AUGACCGGAGAGACCUUGGCCGACGAGAAGACGCCUCAAUCCCCAGCAUCCCCAGCAUCACCUACAAACACAGAUACAGAUGCAACGCUGGCAGGUGACGGCUUCGUCGAAACCGCAGAAGACGCCCACUCUACGAUCCAGUCGUCAGUGCGGACGGAUUCGAUUGACAUUGAGAGUGCACAGCCUCAAGGAAGGAAAAAGCGGCCCCAAUUGCUCAAACGCAUAACAAAGCCAUUCUGCUCAGACCCAGAGCCAGAAUAUGUAACGGAAAACAGAACGCGAAAGCUAGAGCAAACCCCCAACGGCUUCCCCCGACUUGCCGCCUUCCAAUCCAGCGAGCCAAACUUUUCCCUAUACCGCUCCUUCAACUACCUGCAUUCGCGCGUCCUCCUCGAUCUUCAGGAUGAAAUCACCAGCCUGGAAAAAGAACUCGAUGAAAUCGACUGGGACGACUACGACCAAGAUGCCAAUCGCUUGAAAUGUCGCGACUUUGAUUCCCAGCAGCCCGACGGCGACGGCGCGCCCCGUACGCGGCGUAUCGUGCUCGGCGAGAUCAAGUCGAAGCUCAUAGAAUAUGACGAAGUCCUCAUCAAAGCACGCACGCUGGAAUCCUUCCAGCGGCCAUCUGACCGCAACUACCGCAGCGUGCGGCGCUACUGCCACAACGAGAAGCCGUUGCUGGACGCGGAAAUGGAUGCGCUCCGCAGCAAAGAAGACAUUGUCUCGCUGCACAAUGGGCGCGAAUGGGCCACGUUCGAUGGCGGCGUUGAAACGCUCAUCGGGCAGAUUGAUCGCGUGCUACGAAAAGUCUUUAGGACUGAAUCCCUGCCGCUACAGAAAUACUUCCGCACCCCAGAAGCUCAGGAGAAAACAACAAAUCCCUACGUCUCCUUUUACAGCUCCUCGCGCAUCGACAAGCUCGUCAACGUACUCAUCACCAUUGUCAUUUUCGCCCUGCUCGUCGUCCCCGUCGUCACAAUGUACCAACUCACCAAUACAGCUGCGCAUUACGAAUCCCCUUCUUCCCCUUCCUCUUCCUCUUCUGCUGCUUCGUCUUCUUCGGCAGCAGCAGCGGCGGCGGUCAAUGCAGGAGCCGCCAACGUCAACAAGCGCGAUACGUUCAAUGCUGUUGGCGUGUUAAUGGUGUUUACGCUCUUGUUCAGCGCGGCCAUGAGUCUGCUGACCAAGGCGGCGCGGCAUGAGCUUUUUGCUGCGUCGGCGGCAUAUUGUGCGAUUUUAGUUGUGUUCAUUGGGAAUUUCACGGGGCCGGGGAAUUGA